AUGGCACGUUACGAACGAUUUGAUGAUGAUACACCAGCACCAAAAUUUACAAUUAUUACAACAUCAAAUGAUGAAAAAAUUGAUUUAAUUGUUACAACAUCAAAACCAACAUUAUCACCUGAAGAUGAAAUAACAGUUCGUCAUGCACUUAUAACAUUAAAUAUUAUAUCAAUUUUUGUUAGUACUGUAUGUGGUUUAAUAACAUUUUUCUUAGCUGUUGAAGAACAAUCAGCAUCAGCACUUGGUUUUGCUGUUGAUACUAUACUUGAUGUAUUAGCAUUUAGUAUUAUUAUAUGGCGUUUUACAAGUGCACAUGAACAAGCUAAACGAGAAAUUUAUGUCUUAAGAAUGUUAGCAAUACUUUUUUUUAUGUCCGGUUUCGGUGUAUUUAUUGAUUCAAUACUUGAUCUACGUAAUCAAAUUCAUCCUAUACCAAAUCAUUAUUUAGCUGUUGCAGUUGCAAUACAAACACUUGUUUUUUUAUGUUUAGCAUUUGGUAAAUAUACAGUUGCAAGAAAACUUAAUGUUAUAUCAGCUUAUUCCGAUGCAUUUAAUACAUUUAUAUCUGGUUUAAUGGCACUUUCAGUAGCUAUAAGUACAACAAUUUAUAAUUCAAAUUCAAAAGUUUGGUACCUAGAUCCAAUUAUAGGCAUGUUUAUAUCAGCAACAAUUAUGAUUUAUGGAAUAUGGAUGAUGUUUCAAUCAUUUAAAAAAACUUUUUAA